UCAUUCACUGUUAUCCCUCUCGAACCGUCGAGCUACUAUCUCUGAAAACCUCGAGCUAUCUCUCUGCUCGAACCCUCGAGUCCUUUCUCUCUCGAACCCUGGAGCUGUCGCCGUCCCUCUCUCGAGCCGUCUUCGCUCUCCCUGACCCUCUCUCCAGCCCUCUUCACAGUCCCUGUCCGUCGUGCUCUGCUUCUGUCUCCUCUCUCUCUGUCGAAGUGUCCGUCGUGUUCCGGCGUUCACCAAGCAAUCUCCUUGUUCGUCGGGUGUCGUAGUUGGAUGCUGAAGGAGUAUCUUCAUUUGCCGUGGUUGGAGUUUAGGAAGCAUCGAUUGAGGCUAGUGUUUGUCAGUGGUAUGUAGGAUUGAGACAUAUACCAUUUGAUUAUGAAGGCCCUUAGUGAAGGAACCAAAGUGUAGUGGUCGAUCCUUCCAAUCUUUCUGAUGGUCUUCAUUAUUUUGAGGUCUAUGGUAUUGACUACAAAGCUCCAUGGCGUGGUCCUCUUUUCAGAAUUCCAAUCACGAUAACAAAGCCUAAGGCUGUAACUAACCUGCCUCCACAAAUUUCUUUUUCAAAGAUGUUAUUCCAGCCAGGCCAUAUAGAAAGAAGAUACAUCGAAGUGCCGCAUGGUGCAACUUGGGUGAAGCAACAAUGAAAACAUCAGAUUUCGACACAGCAAGAAGAUUUAUUUAUUUAUUAUACUUCUAAUAAGAAAGCUAGCAUAGCACAAUUUGAAUGUUUCUUGAUUCAUAAAAUAUUUAUGCAUAAAAGAUCAUUCAACUUAGUCCCUUACUGAUAGAAUACCAGUUGAGCAGAAUUCUUAAAUCACACAAAAUACAUACAAUACAGUUGUAUUUACUAUGCGAAGUAUGAGGAGACAAAACAGCCACUUUUAUCUAUAUUCCCCCUUAUACAUACUUUUAAUAGCAUUGGACUUCUCCUUACUUUGUCGUAAAUUGUCAACAUAACGGUUAUAUUGAACAUAUUCUAACAAUAUAUAGCUGCUAUGAUACUUAUGAUUAAACCUAAUCUAAUAAUAAAUUAACUCCUAUUUUCUACCAUUAACUGCCAAAAUGAGAGUUAUCAUUACACUUGUAUCUAAUAAAAUAUUAGUUCUCACGAUUGUUCUCAUUGGUUCCCGUCACUUGCCUUCAUAAUAGUUCAUAAUUAUUUGUUUCAGGCAUGACAAUGUGCAGAUUUUGGAAAAGAUGAGGCACUUGGUGUUAUUCAUUGAGCGAAAUUUGGAAGAGAAGGAUGUAAUUCGGUUAAGCUUUUUCUCUCAACCUGAUGGCCCACUGAUGGGGAAUGGUUCCUUUAAGUCCUCAUCACUAGUUCCAGGUAUAAAAGAAGGGCUGUAUAUUGGUCCACCACAAAAAGAAAAACUUCCCAAGAAUUCUCCACCCGGAUCUGUAUUGCUAGGGACAAUUUCAUAUGGGAAUCUAUCAUUUGCUGGCCAGGGAGAAAAAACAAAUCCUGAAAAGCACCCUGCUUCAUAUACAAUUUCUUAUAUAGUUCCCCCAAAUAAGAUUGACGAGGACAAGGGAAAAGGUUCUUCCUUAUCUUCCAAGAAGAAUGUUACAGAACGCUUAAAUGAAGAGGUAGUAUGAAAAGUCAUACAUUAGCAGAAGAACUUCCUUUGGUUAUUUGUUUUCUGUUUUUACUUAAGGUUCAAUUCAUGCUCAUUUUUGCAUAACUUUUCUUAAGGAAAUUGUGUUCUAUUCGAUAUUUGCACCUUAUAAAAAUUCAGCAUUUGAAAUAUUAGUUGACUUCUUUUUCAUAA